CGCAACGGCAGGGAUGGAUCGCGCGCUGCCAUUGGUCAGCUCCCUUCUCUGACGUACCCGGCAGCUGCUUUCCGGUUCCGGUUGGGUUCGGCCCGGUUCGGUUCGGCUGCGGAUGGCAGAGUCCGGGCUGAGGGCUGGCAAAGACCGGAACCGGGAGGAGAAGGUGAGAUGGAAUGUUUACAUAGCGAUAUGUACUAUGGGGCCCGGUCACCAAUGGAACGGUAUCCUGGUAUGUGGCCCUUACAUUCACACACAGACUGUCAUACAUGCACACACAGACUGCCAGACUGCACACACAGACUGCCAUACAUGUACACACAGACUGCCAUACAUGCACACACAGACUGCCAUACAUGCACACACAGACACACAGACUGUCAUACAUGCACACACAGACUGCCAUACAUGCACACACAGACUGCCAUACAUGCACACACAGACUGCCAUACAUGCACACACAGACUGCCAUACAUGCACACACAGACAUGCACACACAGACUGUCAUACAUGCACACACAGACUGCCAUACAUGUACACACAGACUGCCAUACAUGCGCACACACAGACUGCCAUACAUGCACACACAGACUGCCAUACAUGCACACACAGACUGCAUACAUACAGACUGCCAUACAUGCACACACAGACUGCCAUACAUGCGCACACACAGACUACUGCCAUACAUGCGCACACACAGCCAUACAUGCAUACAUGCACACACAGACUGCCAUACAUGCACACACAGACUGCCAUACAUGCACACACAGACUGCCAUACAUGCGCACACACAGACUGCCAUACAUGCACACAGACUUGCCAUACAUGCACACACAGACUGCCAUACAUACACACACAGACUGCCAUACAUGCACACACACAGACUGCCAUGUACACACACAGACUGCCAUGUGCACACACAGACUGCCAUACAUGCACACACAGACUGCCAUACAUACACACACAGACUGCCAAACAUGCACACACAGACUGCCAAACAUGCACACUGGGCAGAAACAUGCACACACAGACUGCCAAACAUGCACACACAGACUGCCAAACAUGCACACACAGACUGCCAAACAUGCACACACAGACUGCCAAACAUGCACACACAGACUGCCAAACAUGCACACACAGACUGCCAAACAUGCACACACAGACUGCCAAACAUGCACACACAGACUGCCAAACAUGCACACACAGACUGCCAUACAUGCACACACAGACUGCCAUACAUGCACACACAGACUGCCAUACAUGCACACACAGACUGCCAUACAUGCACACACAGACUGCCAAACAUGCACACACAGACUGCCAAACAUGCACACACAGACUGCCAAACAUGCACACACAGACUGCCAAACAUGCACACACAGACUGCCAAACAUGCACACACAGACUGCCAAACAUGCACACACAGACUGCCAUACAUGCACACACAGACUGCCAUACAUGCACACACAGACUGCCAUACAUGCACACACAGACUGCCAUACAUGCACACACAGACUGCCAAACAUGCACACACAGACUCGUCAUAUUAUGGGGAGGGUCAUACACGUACACACAGACUCGUCAUAUUAUGGGGAGGGUCAUACACGUACACACAGACUCGUCAUAUUAUGGGGAGGGUCAUACACGUACACACAGACUUGUCAUAUAAUGGGGGGCUCAUACACGUACACACAGACUUGUCAUAUAAUGGGGGGCUCAUACACGUACACACAGACUUGUCAUAUAAUGGGGGGCUCAUACACGUACACACAUACUUGUCAUAUAAUGGGGGGGUCAUAAAUGUACACACAUACUUGUCAUAUAAUGGGGGGGUCAUACAUGUACACACAGACUGUCAUAUAAUGGGGGGGUCAUACAUGUACACACAGACUGUCAUACAUGUACACACAGACUGACAGUCUGUGUGUACAUGUAUGACCCCACCCAUUAUAUGACAGUCUGUGUGUACAUGUAUGACCCCCCCAUAAUAUGACAGUCUGUGUGUACAUGUAUGACCCCCCCAUAAUAUGACAGUCUGUGUGUACAUGUAUGACCCCCCCCAUAAUAUGACAGUCUGUGUGUACAUGUGUGACCCCCCCAUAAUAUGACAGUCUGUGUGUACAUGUAUGACAGUUGGACACAUAGGAACAAAGGGGUUGAGGGCCCUGCUUGAUGAGCUUACAUGCUAGAUAUGGGUCUCUAGCCACACCUUGGAUGCCUGAAUUAUUUUUGUACUUCAGUUUCUUGUUAAAUAACUCCAUUGUAUAAUUGUAAAGCACUGUGGAAGCUGCUGUUACUCUUAGUGAACAAAUAAAGUGGAAAUCUAAUGUUAGAAAAACCCUGGCAUUCUAGUUGUUCCUUAUAGUAUAUUUAAAAAAAUUUCAACAGAAUGUGGGGGUUACAGAAGGAAAUAAAAUGGACUAAAGUUUUACUCCAAGCACCAUAGCCACUGCAUCCUGCUCUAGUGGUUAUGAUGCCAGGUUUACCCUGGCCUGAUUCCCAGUAAUAUGGCAAACAGUUUUUCAAUACUUUGCCCUCUUAUCUGGGUCCUUCCUGUGCUCUGACGAUCCUUUCUCUUCAACUAACACGCUUCUGCAGAUCCGAAUCCAGUUGCCAUUGAAUGGCACACUUUGCAAAUAAAAUUUAACUUAUUUGACAUUAGGCAACUGCCAGCGAUGGCAUUCCCUCUCCAGGAGCAGAAGGGUUAAACUCUGUAUGUGCAGCGUGACAGGGUGAAAUGCUGCACAUACAGACUCUAGGCAAUCAUCUAUAUGAAAUACAUUAUUAAAAGAAUUGGCACAGGAAGGCCUGUAAACAAGAAGAAUCGCUAAUGUGAAAAUGCUUCAUCUCAGGCACAUAAGCUUUGGGGAUACUGUGGUUAAUUCACUGAAUUACAAAUUGUUGUGAAUUGAAACCCAGAUUGCAAAAUAUAGGCUAAAUUAGCCAAAAUGUGACUUUAUAGAAGCAGGAAAACUAAACUAAAUGUAAAUAUUGUCAAAAAUUAAAAUGUCAAAUAUUGCAAUUGUGUUUUUAACGCUCAACUGCAGUGAACUAAAGGGAUACCACAGUGUUGGGAAUACACACCUGUAUUCCUAAUACUAUAGCUCCCUUGUGGCCCCAACCCUCCGGCCACUAAAUGGUUUAACAAUAAAAAGAAAAAACACCUUUAUAUUCUUACCCGAUCCCAGCGCGGAUGUCCCUCGGCACUCCACCUCCUCCCACGUCAUCCGAUAGGAGCGGGUGCUAAUUCGCCACAAGCACAUUAGGCCCUCCCCAUAGGAAAGUUUGAAUCAAUGUUUUCCUAUGGGGUUUUCACUAUUUGUUCUGGUGAGUAUAGGCAGGCUCUUCAGGCUUUUUGCAGUAAACACUGCUUUUUUUCCGAGAAAAUGCAUCACUGAUAUUCAGUGUCUCCUCUCUCUGCAUGGAGACACUGAUCUUUCCUCAUAGAGAUGCACCGAUUCAAAGUUAGACUUCAAAGUAAUUUUUAAAUGUAAGACCAUAGUAACUGAACGGAAAGCAUAGCUGUCUUAGAUCAUACUUCCAGUUCAGCUAUUUUCAAUUAUGAAUGCAGGUCAGUUCAGUCUUUAGUGAUAACCCUGAUAUUAUUGCUGAAUAUGAUAAAAAAAGAAAAAUAAAUUCCCUUGAUCAAUGUAUCUCUCAGUAUGGGAAAUUAACAUGAUGUAACUAUAAAAACAUGGAAUACCUAAAACCCUCAGUUCCCCGCAGUCCUGCAUCAGUUUGACCUUCACAUAAAACAGCACACCAUGCCCCAGUCACAUCGACUGCUAUAAUGUGUGUGAAAGACUUUGGACUGUACUGCAUUCCUGCACUUAAAAGGAACCUGUUACCACUUACCUGAACCAUGUAAGUCACUCCCUUCCUAUUCUCCUUAGCCAGCAUUAGCUGUGCUGGGUAGGUAGUUACUAUAACAACCACAGUGCAUGCAAUCUAAUUUUAUAACUUUCCAUGGCACCCUAUAUUUAAUACUUUUGCUUCAUAAAAAAAAAUGUAUAUAUAAAAAUUUACAAUAUUACAUAUAUAAUGUUUUUGACGUAUAUCCAUUAUUAUUUGUGCCAAACCGUUGCUGAUGGUAGCUUUAUCCUUCAGUCAUAUAGCCAUACUACCAUGCGCAUAUAUUUUUUUUUGCAGCUCAUCCUCUCUAAAUUACAAUUUAUCAAUUUUCCCCAAUUUCCCUCCCCCAUUAUCCAAAUUCUGCCAUACCUAGCUGCCAUUUCCACAUUUAACCAACCUUCAUUAUAUUCAAUCCACGACUUGGUAUUAUGGCUUCCAAAAUAUUCAUCCUAUUUCACACUACAAAAACUCUGAUUUUAUGCUCUUAUCUCCCAGCGUGACUACUUUACUACCUUAUUAACAUUUCAGACACCCAACUGACUCCGCUCAAAUCUAUGCAAAUUCUGCUCAUCUAUCAUUUCACUACAGCCAUUCCAUUAAAAAAAAGUGUCACUAUCUACCAGUCUAAACAUAUAAAAUCAUAUCCUUGAUUUACUAAGCUUUUCACAACUCUCCUGGCUUGUAUACCCCUUUCUGUCGCUAUGUUUCAGUCCCUCUCUAAAAAUAUAACAUACCAAAGGAUGAAUGAAUAGACAAAGGGGAAAAAAAAUCAAUUUGUGUAAGUUUACAUAUUUUAAUUAAUUUUUUUGGUAUGCCACACUUCCCAAGUAGGGAAGUAUGAAUUGAGGAUGAUGUUUGGUACUUCCAACUCGUGUGUGUGUAUAUGUAUGUAUGUAUAUGUGUGUGUGUAUAUAUAUAUAUAUGUGUGUGUGUGUGUGUGUGUAUAUAGAUAUAUACAUAAUUAUAUUUCAAUUUACCAUAUAUGCUUGAGUAAAAAGUUGACAUUUUUACUAUAUAAAAACCUCCCAAGUCCUACUCCGACUCGAUAGCCAUGGUUUUAUCCUAUGUUUCAUGUGCUAGCUGGCUGUGCAUGAUUAAUGUUUUGUAAUGCAUUUUAAACAAAAAUAACUUUGUAGUUAAGGGGUUAACAGAAAGUGGUUUUACAGACUUUAAAAUAAUUGUGUCAGACUAAAAGACAUGUCUUCUGGGAUUGCACGGUACCAAAUCACUUUUGGCACUCUCAAACUCUGCUUGAAACCAGAAUAUUUCAUAUUUCAUCUCAUUCCUGAUUUAAAGGAGCACUAUAUGGUCAGGAACACAAACAUGUAUUCUUGAACCUAUAGGGUUAAAACCACCAUCUGGCCACCCUGGCCCCUAAUGCCUCCCUGAAUAUAGUACAAUAUUACUUGUAUUCAAGUCUGCAGCUGCAUACUUUGUCCCUGUUUCCUUUAGACCUGCCCACUGCCUGCUGACAUUACCAGAAGUGGUAGCCUGAUCCAAUCACAAUGCUUCCCCAUAGGAUUGGCUGAGACUGACAAGGAAGCAGAUCAGGGGCAGAGCCAGCAUAAUUCAAACACAGCCCUGGCCAAUCAGCAUCUCCUUAUAGAGAUGAAUUUAAUCAAUGAAUCUCUAUGAGGAAAGUUCAGUGUCUGCAUGCAGAGGGAGGAGACACUGAAUGUUUGGAUGCAUUUUAGGCAGCCAUGACCCAAGAAGGAUCUCUAACAGUCAUCUGAGGAGUGGCCAGUGAAGUUAUCACUAGGCUGUAAUGUAAACACUGCAUUUUCUCUGAAAAGAUAGUGUUUACAGCAAAAAGCCUGAAAGUAAUGAUUCUACAUAACAAAUUCAAUAAGCUGUAGUUGUUCUGGUGACUAUAGUGUCCCUUUAAAUUUACACCCACACUGUUUGGUAAUUCCCAAUUUACUGACUGCAGCAAAAGUGAGUAUUGCCUUUCACAAGAAGAGUAAAGAAGCUAUUCCUUUUGGAGGAGGGUUUGAAUAGAUUACACUCUACCUGUCAAUACCAACAAAUGGCUUUUAGAAUACAAGGAAACACAGAGAAACACGAAAAAGAACAGUCUGUAGCUGUUUAGCUGAAAGACGGACUUAUCUAUGUUCCUGAUGCAUGGUUAUCACCGUUGAUAUCCCUCUGCCACUUUAACUUUCACUGUCAGCAUAAAAGGUCUGAAUGCUCUCUCCACAACACUUAGCACUAAGGGUGGGAUGAUGUACCACACUGCUUAGCAAAUUUCAGCUACUGUACACUUGAUUUAUGUUGUUAUACUUUUUCCUGUUUUUUUUUUCCCCCCCAUUUGUUUUCCUUUGUCUUAUUCAUGUAAUACCUCAUGAUUCACCAAGCAAUGUUACAAUGCAUAUGACAAUUAGUCUAAUUGCUUUCCAUAGGAGAAUGCCACUCUGUUUGAUGAACAUACUCUCAUGCUCUAAUUCACAUUAUAUGUAAAUUGGUAUUGGUACUGCUGAGAUGUGAGAUUUAAGUGCUUGUCUCCAUUGGCAACCUAUCAUUGUACUGUGUAUGCUCUUGCUGAAAGCAAAUAAAAAAAAAUGUAUUGAAAAAAUAUAUAAUUGCGUCAAUGAUUUUGGAAAAUCUUUGUGCUGUACGUUGCCUUUCAAGAUUGUUUGUAACAUAGGAUUUGUUUCAUAUGAAAUUGAAAUAUGAGCUGUCAGGGCAGAAUAUUAGCCUUUGUACUGAAAUUAAGUUACAAUUGUAUGCCUACUGACAGUGUUUGGGUUCCAAUAACCUUCUAAAAUGGUUCCCUAGUGGCAAAUUAUCCAUUAUAUAGAAUAUGGCUAUAGAAUAGUUGUGUGACUUUCUUAUAGUAAAAUCUAGUAUAGAAAGUUCACACAAUAUCACACUGACAGUUUACAGAGCGCCGGGUGGCUGCUGGGAUUGAGUGCGGCCCCUAUCAUCACUUUUGCUGACCGUUUACCUGACACAAUUUUUAUAGAAUUUGUUUUCUUCUAAAAGGCAUGUGUUGUUUAUCUCAGUGGAAGUUAAACCCAUAUACUUCUCCUGGUCUGUAUUGCAGCUUGUGUUGCACAGAUAUUUGUAGCUACGUGUCAGUCACUAGCUGUUUUUAAUUAAACAUUUUCAAUGCAGAUGAGGCACACCUAAUUUAAAGCCAACCCACAGAAAUUCCAGAUCCAACCACAACCAGACAGAGGAGGAACUUAUCCAGAAUUAUCGAGGUUGAAGGGAACUUGUAUUAUUGCUCCUCUAUAACAUAUUCUUUCUUAUUGCAUAUGCAUUAUAAGUUUCAUGCAUCCAGUUUCUUAUCCUCUCUAACAUGCAGGUUGUCAUUCACAGGGUGUCUCGCAGUAUGGGGAAGAGACGCUGUGUGUCGGCCGCAGAAAACAAGCCAUCUUCAGGGUGCUGUGGAGUGAAGAAACCAAAGCUGUGUCCUUCACCUGCAAGCAGUGUUCCACCCUCCGUCCAACAUAACUGCCAACCUCCAGAGGACAAGACGGUGGGGCCAGGCGCCCUUACCCCACUCUCCCGGCCCAACGGGACCACAAGUGGCAGGGAACAGUUGGUGGUGACAGCUGAAAUGGGCUGCUACUGCUUUGAUGUCCUCUACUGUCACCUGAAUGGCUUCCCACAGCCACGCCUGCCACGUUUCACCAAUGACCCCUAGUAAGUUUAAAAGGAACAGUCUAAUCUCAGACCUAAGUAUAUUUUGUAUUAAAGGACCACUAUACAGGGAGUGCAGAAUUAUUAGGCAAGUUGUAUUUUUGAGGAUUAAUUUUAUUAUUGAACAACAACCAUGUUCUCAAUGAACCCAAAAAACUCAUUAAUAUCAAAGCUGAAUAUUUUUGGAAGUAGUUUUUAGUUUGUUUUUAGUUAUAGCUAUGUUAGGGGGAUAUCUGUGUGUGCAGGUGACUAUUACUGUGCAUAAUUAUUAGGCAACUUAACAAAAAACAAAUAUAUACCCAUUUCAAUUAUUUAUUAUUACCAGUGAAACCAAUAUAACAUCUCAACAUUCACAAAUACCGUAUUUUUCGCUCCAUAAGACGCACCUCACCAUAAGAUGCACCUAGUUUUUAGAGGAGGAAACCCAGAAAAAAAAAUAUUCUGAACAAACUGUUCCAUAGUGUUUCUUACCAUGGGACAGUUUGUUCAGAAUAUUUUUUUUUCUCCCCUGUCCCAUAAUGAUCUUUAACCCCCCUUUCCUCUGUCCCAUAGUGAUUGUUAACCCCUCCUACCCUGUCCCAUAGUGAUUGUUAACCCCUCCUACCCUGUCCCAUAGUGUUCUUUAACCCCUCCUCCCCUUGUCCAUUAGUGUUCUGAUCCCAUAGUGUCCCCCCCUCCCAUUGUCCCAUAGUGCACUUUCCCUCCCAUAGUGUCCCCCCCUGCCCUUGUCCCAUAGUGUCUCCCCCUCCCCUUGUCCCAUAGUGUCUCCUCCCCUCCCCUUGUCCCAUAGUGUCUCCUCCCCUCCCCUCCCCUUGUCCCAUAGUGUCUCCUCCCCUCCCCUUGUCCCAUAGUGUCUCCUCCCCUCCCUUUCUCCCAUAGUGUCCCCCUCCCUUUCUCCCAUAGUGUCUCCCCUCCCCUUGUCCCAUAAUUACUUACCUGUCUUGGAGCGUGGGCCGGCUUCACAGCGCGCUCCGCGGUCCAGGAACUUCUAUUUCAGGUUCCGGUUUCCGGCGGGACUGAAAGGAAGUGUGCACACGCGCUCCGCGGUCCAGGAACUAAUAUUUCAGGUUCCGGUUUCCGGCGGGACUGAAAGGAAGUGUGCACACUCAGUGUGCACACUUCCUUUCAGUCCCGCCGGAAACCGGAACCUGAAAUAGAAGUUCCUGGACGGCGGAGCGCGCUGUGAAGCCGGCCCACGCUCCAAGACAGGUAAGUAAAUCUUCACAUUCGCUACAUAAGACGCACAGACAUUUCCCCUCACUUUUGAGGGGAAAAAAAGUGCGUCUUAUGGAGCGAAAAAUACGGUAUACAUUUCUGACAUUCAAAAACAAAACAAAAACAAAUCAGUGACCAAUAUAGCCACCUUUCUUUGCAAGGACACUCAAAAGCCUGCCAUCCAUGGAUUCUGUCAGUGUUUUGAUCUGUUCACCAUCAACAUUGCGUGCAGCAGCAACCACAGCCUCCCAGACACUGUUCAGAGAGGUGUCCUGUUUUCCCUCCUUGUAAAUCUCACAUUUGAUGAUGGACCACAGGUUCUCAAUGGGGUUCAGAUCAGGUGAACAAGGAGGCUGUGGUUUUCUUCUUUUAUACCCUUUCUUGCCAGCCACGCUGUGGAGUACUUGGACGCGUGUGAUGGAGCAUUGUCCUACAUGAAAAUCAUGUUUUUCUUGAAGGAUGCAGACUUCUUCCUGUACCACUGCUUGAAGAAGGUGUCUUCCAGGAACUGGCAGUAGGACUGGGAGUUGAGCUUGACUCCAUCCUCAACCCGAAAAGGCCCCACAAGCUCAUCUUUGAUGAUACCAACCCAAACCAGUACUCCACCUCCACCUUGCUGGCGUCUGAGUCGGACUGGAGCUCUCUGCCCUUUACCAAUCCAGCCACGGGCCCAUCCAUCUGGCCCAUCAAGACUCACUCUCAUUUCAUCAGUCCAUAAAACCUUAGAAAAAUCAGUCUUGAGAUAUUUCUUGGCCCAGUCUUGACGUUUCAGCUUGUGUGUCUUGUUCAGUGGUGGUCGUCUUUCAGCCUUUCUUACCUUGGCCAUGUCUCUGAGUAUUGCACACCUUGUGCUUUUGGGCACUCCAGUGAUGUUGCAGCUCUGAAAUAUGGCCAAACUGGUGGCAAGUGGCAUCGUGGCAGCUGCACGCUUGACUUUUCUCAGUUCAUGGGCAGUUAUUUUGCGCCUUGGUUUUUCCACACGCUUCUGUUGACUGUUUUGAAUGAAACGCUGUUUUGAAUGAAACGCUUGAUUGUUCGAUGAUCACGCUUCAGAAGCUUUGCAAUUUUAAGAGUGCUGCAUCCCUCUGCAAGAUAUCUCACUAUUUUUGACUUUUCUGAGCCUGUCAAGUCCUUCUUUUGACCCAUUUUGCCAAAGGAAAGGAAGUUGCCUAAUAAUUAUGCACACCUGAUAUAGGGUGUUGAUGUCAUUAGACCACACCCCUUCUCAUUACAGAGAUGCACAUCACCUAAUAUGCUUAAUUGGUAGUAGGCUUUCGAGCCUAUACAGCUUGGAGUAAGACAACAUGCAUAAAGAGGAUGAUGUGGUCAAAAUACUCAUUUGCCUAAUAAUUCUGCACUCCCUGUAGGCACCCUGACCACUUCAGCUCAAUGAAGUGGUCUGGGUGCCAGGUUCCCCUAGUUUUAACCCUGCAGCUGAAAACUUAGCAGUUUCAGAGAAACAGUCUCCUUGACAGCCACUAGAGGCCGCUUCUGCGAUUCUCAGUGUGAAAAUCGCAUUGAACUCAUGCUGGACGUCCAUAGGAAAGCAUUGAGCAAUGGUUUCCUAUGGGCGAGUUGAAUGUGCGCGUGUGCCUCUGGCCGCGCAUGCGCAUUCAGCUCCACUCAAGAGCUGAUAUCGGCAAGGGGAGGAGAGGGCACCAGCGCUUCCCCUGCCGAUGUCCGCUCUCAAGUGGAACUGAAUGCGCAUGCACGGCCAGAGGCAAAUGCGCGCAUUCAAUCCCUUAGGAAAGCAUUACUCAAUUUUAACGCUUCAGCCCAGCGGGAGGGUUGGCUCCGAGGGUGGGAGGGACCUAAUAACCCUAUAGUGCCAGGAAAACAAGUUUGUUUUCCUGGCACUAUAGUGUUCCUUUAAGUGCUCUGUGUUCUGUUUUUAGUUCAUAUUUAGGGUUCUUUUAUGAGUGCUUAGAAUUUGAAGCCUUAGCUAGGCUGGAGGAUCCAUGCUUGCAAUGGCUACAUUUUUACUUGCUAAUGGCAAGAGAAGAUUUGAAAAAAAAAAAAAAGACAUUAAACGAACUUGUAAUCCAGCACCGGUACAGUAACCCUCUGCUGCCCAAUUUGUCUUCUGAGAGAUCAUCAAACAUGAGCUCUGUCUAAUCUGGUGCUUCUAAUAGAGAAGCAUUGAGGAUGUCUGGCAUACGUGCGGCAAGCUGCUUUCUGCAUCCUCAUACAGUGCAUGCUGAUGCUGAACCUAUAGACCUUCAAUAAUUAAAGGAUCUGAUGGAGGACGUGGCUCUAGUGAUGUCUGACACCCACUAGAGGCAUGAUUUCAGCUUUAUAUAAACAAUGGUGUUUCUCGGAAAAAGAAAUGUUUAUACCUUUAGACCAAACUGAAUAAUCUAUGCACGAGAACCAAUACAUUAACAGGGUUAUUUACUAAAGAAUUUAACAUUUUUCCCAAGUAGCUUAAAGCAUAGCUGUGUUAGAGAAUUUUUCCAACUGGCAUAUUUUGGCCUUUAACCCCUUAAGGACCAAACUUCUGGAAUAAAAGGGAAUCAUGACAUGUCACACAUGUCAUGGGUCCUUAAGGGGUUAAAGGGACACUAUAUUGUUAGGAGUACAUAGCUGUAUUCUUCACACUAAAGUGCUUCUCUGCCCCCACCCAUGUAGCACUGAAAGGGUUAAUUAACCUUUUCUUUCACUCAGAAGUCCCUCCUCCGACGUCCGCGCAGAGGGGAAACCUAAUGUGUGGUGAGCAUUGUUCUUUACUUCAUUUCUGAUCUGUGGAACCAUGGUUUCCAAAUAGUAGAAUUCCAAAUAGGUCAAAUUAUAACUUCUAUUAUUAAACAACCACCCCACACACAUAAAGCACUUUAGCUUCUAUGAGAAAAUUGUAAUUUUAUAAAUAGUUCAUAAAACACCCACUGGCUGUCUAACAACCAAGGAGGUUACUUCCUGCUUUUAUUAGCAGGCGCAUGCAUGGAGGGGGAGCUUUAGAGAUUUCUCAGUGAGAAGCCUCUGGUGGGCUAUUUUCCUGUGAAGACAUUGUAUAAGUCUUCUGGGGGAAAAUGGGGUGGCUUACAAAGGCUUCAUAAUAAGUGCAGCUUUUGCAAGCUCUUUUAAGAUAUAAAAAUAUGAAUAUGUGAAGCAAAAAUGUUUGCAUUCAUUCCCUGGAGUUAUCUACUAAAUGGUUAUUUCUACUUUAUUUUCUAACAUAUACAUACAUCACUGCAUUUAUAUUCUUUUAGUGGCAGAGUCAAGCAGAACUACAUCUGCAGGUUGUUUAUAAUUUACAGCUCAUUAUCUUAUGUAUUGCCAUUUAUUUAUGUUUAUUACAUUAACACUCCUUGCACCAUAUCCAAUAUUGCUUGUUGUAGUUGUUAUGGUGCAAGUAGUAUUCUGGGGCCUUGCCCCUGUUUUUGUAAAAAACAAACACAUUUUUAAGCAGAUAGACAAAGAUAAUGGCUCGCUCGGAACCCAAAGCUGAUCCAACCAUUCCCAUUUUGAUAAUGGGGAAGUUUCACUUUACAUUAUCCAUACAUAUCUAUCAAACAUUGAAAGCCCAUCAAUGUGCAGUAAUCCUGUAAUGAUAACCCUUUAAAGUAAAACAUUGUCACUUUGUAAACCCUGCAAUGCCUACACUAAAAGGUUAAGCACACUUUUAUUGGCGCUGUCUUCCUGACAGCCACUAGAGGUGCUUUUGCCUCCAUAACCGAGUAAACUUCGCUUUUCAAUCAAAUGUUGCCGAUAGCAGCAUUUGAUUGGAGGAGUGCGUUUUGAAGCACGUGCUUUAUCGGGGAGCAGGACAAACAGAAUCUUGUUACUGACAUGCAUACGAUUGUCUGUAGUUUUAUGUUUAUUCCUAAUAUCCUUCUGUGUUUUGCUUCAGUCCUCUGUUUGUCACAUGGAAGGCUGGACGUGACAAACGUCUCCGUGGCUGUAUUGGGACAUUCUCCGCAAUGAAUCUCCAUUCAGGACUCAGGGAAUACACCUUAACCAGGUACUGAUGGCGCAGAAUUAAUGAGUACGCAUUGUCACAGUAAGCACAGGUAGCAAAUGUACAAGCCAUCCUUUGUAAGUGUGUACAGAUACUAUUCCCAGGUAUAGACCAUUGUAAACACUUUGCAUGAUUUCCAUUAUACGGAGAAAGCCGACAAAUUCACUGUAUGCCUAUCUACAUGUAUUUUUCCAAAUUAACUAAUGGAUAUGAUAUUAGUAUACACAUCUACUACCGAUCAGGAUAUAUUGCAUACUUGCACAUUCCAGAUAUAUUAAGAAUAGACACAUAUGGGAUUUACAGUGAAUUCUUGCAAAAUGGCAUGGUAAGUGCAUAAUUAAGGACAACUUAAGUUAGACUAAUAAAUGAACUUGAAAAUCUUCAAGGUCAGCCAGUGUGGUGUCAAUUCUGAAAUUCAAUUUUUCAGUUCAUCACCGUUCACUGUUCAAUAAAUAAAUGCUACAGUGUUUUAAGCCUGCAUUCACCUUCACCUAUAGGUCAGUAAUGGCAAGAUUGGGCACUCCGGAUAUUGUGGAUUUCUGUGGUUUACUAUCAAUGACAUACUGUUUUGUGUAUUUCCAAAAACAUUUUUUAUCAGAUGUAGAUGAAUGUAAACUUUGUCGCAGGAGUGCUAAACAUAGAGUGAAUAUCUGUUUAUUUUUACAUACGCUGGGUUAUUCACUGGCGUUAGAGUUCAAAGUAAAUUUAAAGUUUAAAGUCACAUUCGCUAAACCGGGAACCUUCUCCUGUUUGGCUACCUUAAAUUUAAAUUUGAAUUCUCAUUUUGGUUAAUAACCCUGUCAGAAUUCUUCACAUAGAUAAUUAAAAUGCAGAAAGAACACCAUUAAUUGAUCAUGUGAAAGUGUAGUCAUUACAUUAAAGGAACACUAUAGUGCCAGGAAAACAUACUUGUUUUCCUGGCACUAUAGUGUCCUGAGGGUGCACCCACCCUCAGGGGCCCCCUCCCGCCAGGCUCUGGGGAGAGGAAAGGGUUAAAUCUUUUUUUCCAGCGCCAGACGGGGAGCUCCUCUCCGCCUCCGAUCCUCCUCUUCGGCUGAAUGCGCAUGCGCGGCAGGAGCUGCGCGUGCAUUCAGCCUGUCUCAUAGGAAAGCAUUCAUAAUGCUUUCCUAUGGACGCUGGCGUCUUCUCACUGAUUUUCACAGUGAGAAGCACGCAAACGCCUCUAGCGGCUUUCAGUGAGACAGCCACUAGAGGCUUAAGAGGCUGGAUUAACCCAUUUAUAAACAUAGCAGUUUCUCUAAAAAAAAAAAAAAGGGGUUAAUCCGAGAGGGACCUGGCACCCAGACCACUUCAUAUUAAGCUGAAGUGGUCUGGGUGCCUAGAGUGGUCCUUUAAUAUUUGCACAUAUUUGUUCAAGAGAAAUGUAACACACAGUGUGCAUAUAUAAACACACAUCCUUGACUGAUCAUUUACAACCUAUUCCUGAAAGCACUCCUGCUUACAAGAUUUCUAAACUUUCAUCGGAUUAGAAUUUAUGCAUGUUCUAAUAAUGUGACACAUUGCUUUCAGUUACAAUACAAAUGUCGCGUGGAAGAUUUGAUCUUGGCAGCAUUAUCUGAGUUUGUUUUCAGUGCACUCAUCAUUUCACGUUUGCUAAUAAUUACAAUUUCUAAUUUUUGUGUAGGACUAUUUUUAGCUUGAUUUACAGGCACCAGAAGUAGAAAAAAUGCCCCAAAUCCAAGUUGCCAGUAAAUUUUCUUAGAAUUUCAGUCAUAGGAUGCCUCAACAAAGUGCAAAUUUCUAGAAAUUAACCUGAAUUGUCUGUGAGACUUCAGUUUGUCUCUUAACCCCUUUUUGUACCAGCAAAAUAUGUACAUUACCAUUACCUGUUACUUAGCUAUCCUAGCUAAUGAUGUGUGCUUCUCACAUAACAUCCAUGACAUUGCAAGCAUAAUAUAUCGCUGUAUCAAUAACAUGCAGAAUCCGAUUUUAUUGCAUGAGCAAUUCUAUGUUGUGGAGGUUGUGCAAAAUGUCAGAGGAACAGAAAUGUUGUUUGUUUUUUUUCCCACAGGUAAACUAUUGAGCACAAAAUGCUAGACAUGAUUUAUUAUAUCCUUUACCGCUUCAAUACCAAUUGAAAAAAUAUUAGCAUACAAUUUAUUUGAGGCAAGGGAUGCACAGCUAGCUUAUAAACAUAUCAUAACAUGGGAUUAUUGUGUAUAGAUUGCAUUGUAUAUUUACCCAACUUUUAUUUUUUUUACUUAUUUGUUUAUCUUUUUUUUGUCAAACUCUGUUUUAUUGAGGCAAAAGAUAAUUCAGUGCAGAAUAUAAAGCAGGGAGUUUUAGCAUAUGAGUCACAUGAUACACAUGAUAUAAUGUAGAUAACAUCGGUGCCUAAAUCGUUCAUCUUUUAUAAAAAUAAAAAAAAAUAUUGUGGUGUUCUAAAUUACUGUGGACCAUUUCACACAGGGUCUGAAAUGUUAGUAUGAAAGCAAAAAUGCUUUUUUUUCUUUAAUACAGUAUAAGUGACAAAAAUAGAUACAUAAAAAUGGUCAAAUUCCUUACUUAUAGGUAUUUGCAAGGACCUAUAAGCUAAUACUAGCAGUACAGCUUUCUAAAAAUGGCAACCGAAUGUAAAAAUGUCUGCAUCUGAAACAUAAUACCCACAUGAAGGGGAGAAUUAAAAAGUUAUUUAAAAUGGCUAUAGCAAUAGUUAUCAAUCUCUGGACUGCUAAUGUCUUCAGUGAAAUGGUAGAGCCAUUCACUCCUCACCCCUCCCUGACAAUAGGAAUGAUAUGACUCAUUGAAACUAUUUGAUACUGUUUGAAAGCAGGGGAUUGUCUACUAUUUUCAGCAAUUUUACAGGCAUCAUCAUUGACUAAUGGCUUCUGGCAAAUAAAUUAAUUCCUCUACAAGCUGGUAAUCAUUUUUAACGUAUAAAUGAGGGAGAGUGAGACUUUGUGGACUAGAUUUCAUACUGCAAAUUACAUGACAUUAAAAACAUUUAUGCUCAAUUUGGAUAUUGGAUAGGGUUAGCUGAUUGAGCCCAAGUCUACUAUGCAAAAAUACAUUGAUUUAACCCCUUAAGGACCAAACUUCUGGAAUAAUGUCAUGUCAUGUGUCCUUAAGGGGUUAAAGGAAACGGUCACUUCCCAUUAAUUUUUAAUAUUGUAUUUACUUUUCUUCAAUAUUGAACAAACGUGUAUUUGUGAGGUAUGAAAAAUGUUUUAAUGUAGAACUGUACUCUGCAACUGGGUGCUUACAUUUUGGCUCCCUGACCGUCAUCAUUAGACUUGUGCAUGGUAGAAAAAUUAGAUUAACUUGAAAUAAAAAUAAAUUGUUUUGGAUGGAUAAUUAUUUGAGCCUGUGACGUUGCGGUUUGUUCAGAUGAAAUUCAUCCACACAGCAAUUUGGAUUAACAAAAAAUGGUGUGAAAGUGCUCCUAUUAGUGUACUUCAAAAUGUAUACAUAAUAUAAAUAUUUAAAAUUAAUUAUAUAUUUAAAGUUUUUUUUUCGCCUUCCAAUAUGUGAAAAUAAGUGAUCCAUAGAGGGGAGGAAAGGAGCAGUAAAAUAGCAUAAGUUGUAUAUGUGAUCUAUCUAUAUAUCUGUCAUUAUUAAGUAUAUAAAUUAUUUCGUUUUUGUUUUGUUUUUUUAAACAGCUUUUCCUUUCCUCACCUCUAUUGGUCAAUUGUCAUUUGAUCUGUGACUUAAAUUGACAUUUAGAGGCUGUACCCGUCCCUAACCAUCAAACAAUGUUUUAUGUUUCCCAAACAUCAUAGCUGGUUCAUUCCUCAUAUUUAUGAUUUAUAAAUAUACCUUUUCAGAGUUAUGGAAUUCAGACACAUUUUUGAUUGCCCAAAGUUCAGACAAAUCGCAAUUUGUUUGAAACCGAAUGCACUAGUCUUGUCGUCAUUAUAAGUUUUAUCCUUGCAUCUGACAGUCAGUAUAGAGAAAGCAUGCAGAAAAAGAGUAAAUAAAGCAAUGUUUCUAUUUAUUUUUCCUCAUAUGCAAUAUGUUGCCUGUUUGAACCUUGACUGAACUGGACUGCGAUGUAAUUUGCUAAAUCUUUCAUUAAAAGAGAAAAUGGAACAUCACAUGAAAAAGGUUAACAAGAAAGUUAUGUGAUUUUCUGUGUUUUAAUUAUUUUGAUAUUCUGUGCAAUAAAUAUUCCCGCAGUUCAUUUGCAUUAUAUUUGCAUAUCCAAACCUUUUCCCAGCAUUGACAGCUCAUGUCCAGUAUAUCUUCUCAAAUCUUAGUCAGUACUAAUAGUUUGCACACAGUCAAUGUAAACAAAUGUUCUAUUAUUGCGUGUUGACGACAGAUGCCAAAGCUACACAGAAUUCACAUUAGCCAGCCCAGAACUCUCUUUCUGGGCUGAUUAAUGACGCUGCCUAGAUGUAUUUAGACCUCCGGAAACAAAGACCUGUGUGUGCCACAUUUCAAACUCUGCACAUACAGACUCCAAGCACCAUGGCAGAACCUCUUUAAUGAAUGUCUGAGCAUUAAUGCCAUAUUAUGACAUUUUUGUAUAGAUUCUGGAGUCGCCCUUGUUGUGUAAGUGCAUUUUUUUAUUUACAUCCACUACUUUAUUGACCCUUUCUAAACACUGCAAUCAUGUUUAGUGGGGUACUGUUACAGCCAGAGACAAAUAUUUUUGUCACAUGCAGUGAACAUCGUUCCACAAUCUUUAUCCCAAUAUUGAUAUAUCACAUACUGUAACCAUCUGCAAUGCGUAACCCUAACUCACUUUUGCAAACAUUGAUAGCUCACCGAUAUAGAGAACACUCCCCGUAAUGUAUAGUUGAACCCUGGUUGCAUUGACAGAAACACAUAGUGGAUAUCUUAAUCUCUUGAAAUUACUGUAUAGAUUAUACAUUGUGCACAUUUUAAGUGCAUGUACACAUAUUACAUGAUGAGAUAAAAUAGCAUAUGUCUAGAUAACAGCAUAUGAACUGCACACACAAAUCUAGAUGAAAUAUACUGAAUAUCUUCAAUUCUAGACAAAUCUCUGCAUCCAGGUAACCAUGGCUCCUUAAAUGUCACUGUUGGCACCUAACUCUUUGUUGUUGUUUUUUUAUUUCUUAACAUAUUUUAAUAGAUAUCUAUGGUUGGUUCUAAAUGAAAUUAGACUGUCUCUUAAAAUUGUGUUUCUGGUUCCAAAACAUUGUGUAAAUUUGUGCAACCCUAUACAUUGUGAAUGGUCUGUAAUAAGUAUAUAGAGUGAGCUGUCAUGAAAUAUCUACAAAGAUAGCAUAUGUAUAAAUAAUGAACCUGUUAGCUGUCACCCUGCAGUGCCCUUAAGGACAGCCGCUUCCCUCCGCUCACCCGUGAGGAGCUGCCCAAGCUGUCUUGCUCUGUCUCUCUGCUCACUAACUUUGAGGACGUGGGUGACUUCCUAGACUGGGAGGUGAGCAGUUGCAUGUGACUUAAAUAUUUUAAAGUCUUGCAGAGCCGUCUACUGGCUAGCUUGUCACAAGCUGCUAUUUUCAUGCCUGCCAUUUGAAGAACUAUUUUGUGGAGAAAUCUGAGCUGUUGAAUGAAUAAGGAGGAAUCUGCAUAAUUUAUUUUGAUAUAACAUAUCAUUAGUUGAGAAGUAUUUCUGUUUAGAACAUUUGUGCCCGCUAUGUGGCAUGUAUUGCUCAUUAAAAAUAGGUCAGUUAUAGUGAAAAGGUUUUCUUUUGUUUUUUUAGAGUAGAAAACAUUUAAAAAAAAUAAAAUCUGAAUAUGACUGAAAUGUUUUUAAAAAUGUAACUUUUUUAAAGAGUAAUGUAUUGUAUUCUACUAAUCUCCUUUUGCAGGUUGGAGUCCAUGGGAUCAGAAUUGAGUUUCUUAACGAGAAAGGGGUGAAACGCACAGCGACCUACCUGCCAGAAGUAGCCAAGGAGCAAGGUGUGUUUCUGAUAUAUGUCCAUACUUGCUACUGUGAGCUGUCUCCUUCUCUGGCCAGUACUGAUAAUAUGCGGCUGAAUAAAAAGCAGAAUAUAAGCUGCCAUCAGAAAGUGGACAGCAAUAUAUUCAUAUAUAAUCUGUUCCAAUACUAAUUAGACUCUGCAAUUUUCUGGAUAACGUUCAUGCAUGUUAUAAUUUUUGGUAAAAUUAAAUUACCUGGAUUAAUAUACAUACUCAGAUAAAUUCAGUCUUUGGAAGAAGUCCCCAGUUCAUUAACAUCCAAGAUUUGAAUCUCACUAUCCCUGCCCCAUUAUUAUUACUGCCAUUUAUAUAGAUUCCGUAGCGCUUUACAAUAUUAUGAGAGGGGGGAUUUAACUAUAAAUAGGACAAUUACAAGAAAACUUACAGGAGCAAUAGGUUGAAGAGGACCCUGCUCAAACAAGCUUACAGUCUAUAGGAGGUGGGGUAUAAAACACAAUAAGACAGGAAAAAGACAUCACAAUAAGUUGGAGUGAAGCAGAGCUGGAGGAGAGAGUAGAGUGCUGCCCUUUAGGAGAGAGCAAGAGGCAGGUAUGUGAGGUAGAGGUUACUCUGUGAGGCCAUAAGCUUUAAUAAAGAGAUGAGUUUUAAGACACUUCUUAAACGAUUGAAGACUAGGGGGAGUCUGAUGGGGGUAGGCAGGCUAUUCCAGAAGAAGGGAGCCGACCGCGAGAAGUCCUGCAAGUGUGAGUUGGCCGUACGGUGCGAGCAGCGGUCAAGAGGGUAGAGCGGAGGGAACGAGGAGUGGCAUACCUAUGGAUCUGUGAAGAAAUAUAAGAAGGGCUAGAACUGUUCAGUACUUUUAUAUGUAUGGGUUAGCAAUUUGAAUUGACUCCUAUAGGAUACAGGAAGCCAAUGUAAAGACUGACAGAGGGGUGAGAUGUGAGAGGACGGACUAGAGAGGAAAAUCAGUCUGGCGGCGGCAUUCAUUACAGACUGUAACGUGGCAAUACGGCUUUUGGGAAGAACAAUCAGAAGAGGGUUACAAUAAUCCAUGCGGGAAAUUACUGGAGCAUGGACAAGCUCCUUGGCAGCAUUUUUUGUAAGGAAGGGGCGGAUGCAGGCUAUUUUUUUAAGUUGGAAUCUACAGGAUUUGGCAACAAACUGGAUGUGAGGCUCAAAGGUGAGGCCAGAGUCAAGUAUGACGACAAGACAGCGUGCUUGCAAGGAUGGACUUAUGUGGAUACCACUGACUUGAAGGGAGAGCGAGAGAGGAGGAUCAGUAUUAGGAGGAGGAAAGACAAGAAGUUCAGUUUUAGAGAGAUUGAGUUUCAGAAAGCGGAAGGACAUCCGGUCAGGGAUGAAAGAAAGCAGUGACACGUUGCAGGAGGGCAGGGGAGAGGUCUGGGGAGGAGUGAUAUAUUUGGGUGUCAUCAGCGUACAGGUGGUAGUGGAAUCCAAAAGAGUCAAUACGUUUUCCAAGAGAAGCAGUAUAAAGAGAAAAUAGAAGAGGACCAAGGACAUAGCCUUGGGGAACUCCAACCGAGACAGGAUGAAGGGAGGAGGUAUCCUUGGAAAAGGAGACACUGAAAGAGCGUUGGGAGAGAUAAGAGGAAAACCAUGAGAGGACAGAGUCACAGAGACCGAGUGAUUGAAGAGCUUGAAGGAGGAGAGCAUGAUCAACUGUGUCAAAGGCAGCAGAGAGGUCUAGAAGAAUUAAUAUGGAGUAGUGGCCUUUGGAUUUAGCUGCGAUUAGGUCAUUAGUAACUAAGAGUGGAGAGGGUGGAAGCCAGACUGAAGAGGGUCAUGGAGAGAGUUGGAAUUGAGGAAGCGAGACACACGGGUAAAGACAAGUCUUUCCAGAAGCUUUGAGGAAAAAGUGAGCAGGGAUAUGGGACGAUAGUUAGAUGGGGAGGAUGGGUCAAGAGAUAUUUUUUUCAGCAUAGGUACUACAGUGGCCCCAUGAAUCUCUGCUCUAAAGUAGCUCAAUGAGCCUUGGCACUGGAAAAAGCUAAGUAAAUCAUUUGUUUUAUUAAUUUUUAUGUAAAAAAUGGAUGGAGCCUUAAUACAACUAGGCACAUGAGUUUUGUAUUCCUAAGGCUAUAGUGUUCCUUGAAGGUAAUAAAAAAAUAUGUUUAUUAUAUACACUUUCGCUGUUAGCCCAACAUACUGAGGCUUUAGGAAGUUUUUCAGCACUAUGUCAUGCAACCUUACCAGGCCUUGGCCUCAUCUCAAAGAGAGAUACAUGCUACUAACUCAGAAUUUUGGGAAGCUCUACCGAUCAUCUCAGUGCGUUACCUAUUGCAAUUUCUGGGGCCUCUCAGACAUAACUCAACAUAGUAAGAGUACAAAACAACCAAAGAAAUUUGGGCUACGGCUGUAAAUCUAGAACAAACAAAAAACAUACAUAGAGUAAUACAGUUUAAAGAAACAAAUUGUGUUAAUGAAAUGCACUCACAAGAUUACGUGAAAAUAGCGCUCUAGGGUGCCUCCCCUGAUAGCAGUGUUUCACCGAUGGACACACAAUGCAAGACUCCAGUGAUGGUAAAAAACAGCAGCUUUAUUUGUAGGAUGAGAACUUCACCCAGUAAUAAUAAAAUGUAAAAUAUAAAAUGCCAAUAAGGUCCUACGCGUUUCAUUCACUAGAUGUGAACUUCCUCAGGGACCAUAAUAUAAAAACAAUUGAUACAAAGCAAUAACAAAAAUGAAAAGCAGCCUAAUCUCCCCCCAUACCAGAAUUUUGGGAACCUCUACCGAUCAUCUCAAUAUUGCGUUACCUAUUGCAAUUCCUGGGGCCUCUCAGACAUAACUCAACAUAGUAUAUUUGUCUUCAGUGACGUAGUAUCAUUUUACAAUGUGUACCUAAAAGUUUUACUUUACUUAUUUGUUUCACCAAUGUUCUAUGUACUCUGUUAUCUGUUAUGCUGGUCGAGAUAUAGUACCCAUGUAUCCAAUACGCAACAACUUCAAACAUUCUUGGGAGAUGUAAAUUUCUCUCUGACCACACAUUGUUAUUUUCUUAUUCUUUUGUACUCCUCUGUUACUAGUAUUCAAAGCUUAUCUUGAUCGUACACAGUGCUUUUAUAAAAACCCUGAUAAAUAAAGAAUUAAAAAAAAAAAAAAAAAGAUGUAUUCUAGAAUGGAAAAUGCAAAGCAAACAUCAUUCAUUUACUCUGUACUAAUUGAAGUGUGUUUUCCCCUCAGACUGGGAUCAGAUACAGACCAUAGACUCUCUGCUCAGGAAAGGUGGCUUUAAGGCUCCCAUUACCAACGAAUUUAGGAAAAGCAUCAAACUCACACGGUGAGUUUAACUCAUUUUCCUUUACACCUUGUCUGAAUUUUUUUUUAACUAAAAAUUGCUAUUCUUCUAAACAGUCUGAUAUAUUUCUAUCAGAAAGCAGCACUUUUACCAUGGGGGGGAGAUGUCCAUGGCCAACAUAAUACUUCUGCAUAAAUCAGGCAGGGACCCCUUGUCACCAGACAACUACAGGCCUAUCUCUCUGAUCAACCAAGACAUCAAAAUCCAAAGCAAAAAUCUUAGCGGAUCAUCUCAACCCUCACUUGAAGAAGUUGAUACACCCAGACCAGGUAGGAUUUAUAACAGAUAGACAACUUUUUGAAAACACCAGACGGAGCAUCGACCUUAUCUGGAGACAGAAAACCAGAAGCACACUGACUCUAUUGGUCUCCAUUGAUGCAGAGAAGGCCUUUGAUAGGGUAGAAUGGCCCUAUCUAUUUAGCAUCCUAGACUACCUUGGCUUCCCAGAAAGAUACAUAGCAUCAAUCAAAGCAAUGUACAGCCAAGCCUCUGCCCAAGUCAAAAUAGCAGGAAUGGGAUCCAAACCCUUUAGACUAGGGAACGGAACGCGACAGGGAUGCCCCCUGCCCCCUCUCCUUUUCGUGCUUACGCUUCAACCCCUUCUACAAGCAUUACGCCAAAAUCCACGUAUUAAGGAGAUAAAGAUAGGCGGCCAAGAGUUCCUAGUCUCUGCGAAUGCAGAUGAUGUUCUCUUGACCCUUACGGAACCUCGAGAGUCCAUGGCGGCACUACAAGAAACCCUGUUGCUAUUCGGGCUUUUUCUAGUUACAAGGCCAAUUUAGAUAAGUCCAGCGCCCUCCCGAUGGGCAUGUCAGUGGAGGACAUGGCGGCAUUGAGGGCUACAUAUAACAUACCCAUAGCACAAGAAUACCUGAAGUACCUAGGGAUACAGUUAUCAGGGGACCCAAACAAGUUAUACCAUCUAAAUUACACCCCGCUUAUACGAACCCUAAUACAAGAUUUGGAAAAAUGGCAGGACAAACCCAUAACAUGGAUCGGACGCAUACAUACUGUUAAAAUGAAUAUCGUCCCCCGGAUAUUAUUUCUUUUUCAAGCACUACCAGUAAAAAUUCUCAAAACUGAUUUAGCUCACUUACAAAGAGCCAUAGGGAACUUCAUAUGGCAAAAUCGUCGCCAUAGAAUCGCCAGGAAUAUACCUGUAUAGGCAUAAACAGAGGGGAGGUCUGGGCCUGCCAAACUUAUAUUAUUAUUACUUGGCGGCUCAGUUAGCGCAGGUGGCUAUGUGGCAUGCACCGUUAGAUGAGAGAAGGUGGGUGGACCCUGGAGUCUCUAAUGACGGGGAUGGACCUCCCACAGUUCCAUCUCUGGGUUCCCAGGGAAGAUAGACCCAUCAUGAAAACAAUGUGCCCUGCUAUACUGAACUCACUACGAAUUUGGGAUGUAUCCGCACUCAAAUACAAACUGGCCUCUUCCCCAUCCCCACUGACCCUCUUAUUGAGAAACAGGGCAUUCCCCCUGGGUAUGGCAGCCAAAGACUUCACAAACAUAGAAAGGGUGGGAAUACAAAGGAUUUGACAAACGUUCGAUAAUGGGCAACUAGUCUCCUUUGACCACCUAAAACAAAUAGCGCAUCUAACUCCUGCAUACUUUUUCAGGUACCUGCAAAUUAGGGACUAUGUACAACAACCUCAGGUAAUGCAGGCUGCCAAGAGACCACAGACUUUCUUUGAGAGAAUGUGCCUUAAAGAAACGGCACAAAGAGGCUUAAUAACUAACCUAUAUACACAUAGAAGUUCAGAAACUAAGGAAUGGGGUACGCUGGCCUACACAGAAGCCUGGGAAAAAAUCUAGGGGAAGUACUAGAGGGAGGAGAGUGGAGAGAAAUUUGGGAAGCAAACACAUCACUAUCUAUAUGCGUAACCUUCCAAGAACAGGCGUAUAAAACAAUGUUUAGGUGGUACACCACACCCGUACAACUUUAUCAUAUGAAACAAACACCUUCGGACACCUGUUGAGAGGGUGCGGUCUCAAGGGUACUUUUAUUCAUAUGUGGUGGGAAUGUUCCGAAGCACAAUUCUUUUGGGUUCAAAUACAUAACCUGAUAAAAAGAAUCUUUCAUAGGGCGCCACAACUAAAUCCUUAGACCAUGGGUCGUCAACCUGGUCCCUACCGCCCACUAGUGGGCGUUUUAGGAUUCCAGGUGGGCGGUAGGGAUUUCUGAGGCUAAAUCCUCUUUUUAAGAGGAUUUCUCCUUUUGGGCGGGCGCGAGCGGCUCUGCAUGCGCAAGUCUUCAGUGACCGGCAGGAGGAAGCGCUCCCUCCUGCCAGGCCACCUUCUGGACCCCCGGCAUGGCAGCGUUCUAAUCAGUCGCGGCGAGGGAGCUCUAACCUCUCUGCUCUGCUCCCUCGCGCGAUGUUUGCUGAUGCCGCGGGAGCCGGAAUAUGAUGUCAUAUUCCGGCUCCCGGCAUCCGUAGACAGUCCGCGAGGGAGCAGAGCAGAGAGGUUAGAGCUCCCUCGCUGCGUCUGAUUAGCCGCCCGCCUAAGUGAAGCCCCACUGGACCCCAGGGACAGAUCCACACCAGCUCUCCAGGUAGGGAGGCUGGGUGGAUAUUUAAUAUUAAUAAUUUGUGUGUAUAUGUGUUUGUCUCUAAGUGUAUGUGUGUGUGUGUCUGUAAGUGUAUGUGUGUGUGUGUCUGUAAGUGUAUGUGUGUGUGUCUGUAAGUGUAUGUGUGUGUGUCUGUAAGUGUAUGUGUGUGUGUGUGUGUGUCUGUGUCUGUGUCUGUAAGUGUAUGUGUGUGUGUCUGUAAGUGUAUGUGUGUGUGUCAGUAAGUGUGUGUGUGUCUGUGGGUCUGUCUGUGUAUGUGUGAGUGUCUGUAAGUGCAUGUGUGAGUAUGUGUAUAUUUGUGUGUAUGUGUUUCAAUGUGAGUGUGUGUGUGUAUGUGUUUGUCUGUGAGCAGAGUACUUGUAGAAUAGAAGAAAGAAGGUGCAGAGUACUUGUAGAAUAGAAGAAAGAAGGUGCAGAGUACUUGUAGAAUAGGAGAAAGAAGGAGUAGAGUACUUCUAGUAUAGGGGAAAGAAGGAGUAGAGUACUUCUAGUAUAGGGGAAAGAAGGAGUAGAGUACUUCUAGUAUAGAGGAAAGAAGGAGUAGAGUACUUGUAAAAAAGGAGAAGGAAAGAAAAGGAAAAGGAGAGAAUUGUUGUUGACUAAUAAUAGUAAGUGGGCUACCUAGCUCAGCCUUCCUACUGGGCAUUGCUAUAAGGAAGGUUAAAAAAUAGAAAAAAAGGGGAAAAAGGUGGGAAGGGGAAUUGAGGAGGGAGAGGAGGGGAGCUGACGCACAGAUGAGAAAUCAUUUUAUGAGCAAACAAAGAAGUCUUCCGAUUAUCACUGAAAGAGGAGACCUUCGCUUGUUCCUUAUGAAAAUCGAACCAGAUAUCAAAUAUUUAGUCUCGCAGCAUCAACCUCAAGGAUCUCAUUAAUCACUAGUAAAGGUAAGCUCAAUUUACUUUAUUGCUUCCUCAUUAAACUUUAUAAAGUUAAAAACAUUAUAAACAUGCAUAAAGUAGAAAUAAAAAGAUAAAUGUACGUUCAUUUAUGUAUUUUUUAAAACACCCUCCUUUCUAAAAAAUAUUCCGCGCUUGCGCGAAAACUGGUGGGCGGUAAGGAAAUUUUUCCAUCAAGAAAGAUGCAUUAGUGGGCAGUAAGUGGAAAAAGGUUGACUACCACUGCCUUAGACAUAUCUACUUAACAGAUCUCUAGACGACUGGACAAGGAGGGAACAGAAAUUAAUCCAUAAGAUUACAUAAACCGCUAAAAGAACAAUAUCACAGACAUGGCUCCAAACCACACUACCACCAAUUCAGAGGGUCAUUUCUAAUAUAAAAGAGGUAUACCUAAUAGACCGCCUGACUGAGAGGGACCAUGACUAACUUUGAUAAAUUAUGGGGCCCCUGGCAGAACAGCGAACUGGCGGACUGAGGAGUGUCUUAGACCCCUUGAGACAAGAGAAGGGACCAUACGAGACCAAGGAAAGCAAGCAACAUCCUCUAGAGGACCCUACACAUGGCGUAACGGAAAGGCCCGACGCAUAACCCCUGCCUUCUUACUCCCUCACCUCUCCUCUUCUCUUCCUUUUUUUUCAUCUUCUUUCUCUCUUUCUCUUUUUUCUACGACAACACAUGACGGAUCAGGCUAUUUAACAGUGUACACCAAUUUCCAAUGUAGAGCGAGCUAAAUGGAAUCCGCCAAAAAGCGAAACUACCAACGGAUGUCAGAAACUGUCCCCGUAUACGGGGAGGCAAAUUAUAAGGAACACAUAGGGUUAACGGAAUCCCACUUUAAAAGACACCCGUAUUGCAUUAAUGAAUGUGUGCUAAAUAGGUUGGGCAGGAUACUUAUUUAAGAAGUAUAUUAAGGUUAUUUGAUGUUAUGUUAUUUUUCUUUAAAAAAAAAAAAAUAGAAAAAUCCCUUGACAAGUAGCCAAACGAGCCUAUCGCUACGAAGAUUGUUGGACUUGCUCCGUAGUGACACCUGUAUAAAUAUGUACAAUUAUAAUGUGGGCCAACGGGCUUCUGCGCAAGCCUAAUCGCUUAUGUUGUUCAUGCUACUUUUGUCAAGAUGAAAAAAUAAAGUAUAAAAAAAAAAAAAGCGGCACUUUUAUAAAUCCGUUAAGUAACACCUCCCUAGCUGUCUAACAGCCAGGGAUGUUUUCUACUGCAUUACGAUAGCUCCCCUGAGCUAAUGAAUGUAGCAGGCGUGCACUGUUAGAGCUUACCUGAGUCAUAGUAAGCCUGUGGGUGCAUUUGCCUCUGCACUUGUGACCACAGAGAAGACUCUGACUGGCCACUUUCCCACCACAGACUAAAACUCUGUGCUGGGAAAAAGGGGAGGGCUUGUAAAUGAUCCAGGCAUAAGAACUGCAGCUUUUCAAACAUCAAGGAGGCCUAAGUCUCCCAUACAUACAGGGAGUGCAGAAUUAUUAGGCAAAUGAGUAUUUUGACCACAUCAUCCUCUUUAUGCAUGUUGUCUUACUCCAAGCUGUAUAGGCUCGAAAGCCUACUACCAAUUAAGCAUAUUAGAUGAUGUGCAUCUCUGUAAUGAGAAGAGGUGUGGUCUAAUGACAUCAACACCCUAUAUCAGGUGUGCAUAAUUAUUAGGCAACUUCCUUUCCUUUGGCAAAAUGGGUCAAAAGAAGGACUUGACAGGCUCAGAAAAGUCAAAAAUAGUGAGAUAUCUUGCAGAGGGAUGCAGCACUCUUAAAAUUGCAAAGCUUCUGAAGCGUGAUCAUCGAACAAUCAAGCGUUUCAUUCAAAAUAGUCAACAGGGUCGCAAGAAGCGUGUGGAAAAACCAAGGCGCAAAAUAACUGCCCAUGAACUGAGAAAAGUCAAGCGUGCAGCUGCCACGAUGCCACUUGCCACCAGUUUGGCCAUAUUUCAGAGCUGCAACAUCACUGGAGUGCCCAAAAGCACAAGCUGUGCAAUACUCAGAGACAUGGCCAAGGUAAGAAAGGCUGAAAGACGACCACCACUGAACAAGAUACACAAUAUCUCAAGACUGAUUUUUCUAAGGUUUUAUGGACUGAUGAAAUGAGAGUGAAUCUUGAUGGGCCAGAUGGAUGGGCCCGUGGCUGGAUUGGUAAAGGGCAGAGAGCUCCAGUCCGACUCAGACGCCAGCAAGGUGGAGGUGGAGUACUGGUUUGGGCUGGUAUCAUCAAAGAUGAGCUUGUGGGGCCUUUUCGGGUUGAGGAUGGAGUCAAGCUCAACUCCCAGUCCUACUGCCAGUUCCUGGAAGACACCUUCUUCAAGCAGUGGUACAGGAAGAAGUCUGCAUCCUUCAAGAAAAACAUGAUUUUCAUGCAGGACAAUGCUCCAUCACACGCGUCCAAGUACUCCACAGCGUGGCUGGCAAGAAAGGGUAUAAAAGAAGAAAAUCUAAUGACAUGGCCUCCUUGUUCACCUGAUCUGAACCCCAUUGAGAACCUGUGGUCCAUCAUCAAAUGUGAGAUUUACAAGGAGGGAAAACAGUACACCUCUCUGAACAGUGUCUGGGAGGCUGUGGUUGCUGCUGCACGCAAUGUUGAUGGUGAACAGAUCAAAACACUGACAGAAUCCAUGGAUGGCAGGCUUUUGAGUGUCCUUGCAAAGAAAGGUGGCUAUAUUGGUCACUGAUUUGUUUUUGUUUUGUUUUUGAAUGUCAGAAAUGUAUAUUUGUGAAUGUUGAGAUGUUAUAUUGGUUUCACUGGUAAUAAUAAAUAAUUGAAAUGGGUAUAUAUUUGUUUUUUGUUAAGUUGCCUAAUAAUUAUGCACAGUAAUAGUCACCUGCACACACAGAUAUCCCCCCUAACAUAGCUAUAACUAAAAACAAACUAAAAACUACUUCCAAAAAUAUUCAGCUUUGAUAUUAAUGAGUUUUUUGGGUUCAUUGAGAACAUGGUUGUUGUUCAAUAAUAAAAUUAAUCCUCAAAAAUACAACUUGCCUAAUAAUUCUGCACUCCCUGUAGAACUUUACUACCAAGCAGCUAUGCUUUCUAGAAUCUAUGAUUGGACAAUACCUACAAACAGCACACAAUGGGUGGUAUUAGAAAACGCAGCUUUCACACACCCUAUUUAUACCAUCCGUUGGCAAAAAAAAGGGUAAUCUAUCUAUAAUAUUAAAGAUGAUACAACUAAUAACAAAUAUUAAACUACCCCCCAAUCCUGAACUCAUAUUCUUUCUCCACUUUCCUGAACCUUUGCCUAAACCCACAAAAUCACUGAUUACCCACCUACUGAUAGCAGCAAAUGCCCUCAUACCCACACGCUGGAAACAGUCAAGAGCCCCCACAAUUGGAGAAUGGAUUCAGAGGGUCGAAUCUACUCGCCUAAUGGAAGAUAUCCACUAUGCCCAAACACACAAAUACCAUAUAUUAUCAGACAUAUGGAAUCCCUGGGUUGACUUCAUACAAACACAAGACAAAUGCCAUACAAAAUAGACUCAAUAAACAACAACGUAAACGAACACCUCUCAAGUAAUUACAAUCAGAAUUCGCAACCACCUUAUCACUGGUUCUUGAAGCGAGACGAGCUGCUGGUACCUUUAAUAUUCAAGCAUACAUUAUAUGUUAGCUGUUGUUUUAUACUAAGAUAUUUACCUAAAGAGCACAAAACUACAGUCAGGCUCUCUAACAAAUAGUUCACUAUGAGUAUACCACCAUCAAUGUUAUUUCAACUUAUACUACCACUUUAUUAAAAGUAUUUUGCCCUUUCUUCACCACUCUGAGAAAGACUGUAUCUACAACAAAAGAUCCUGUACUCACUUGUUUAUAUUUUAUAUUUCAUAUUACUGACCGCUCAUACUGGUGGAAACAAUGCAAAUAUAUAAUCUAUCAACAAAUGUAAUGCAUUGACUGUAAUGCCUGAUAUUUUCCAAUAAAAACCUUUGAAAAAACAAAAAAAAGAACUGCUUUUGCAAGCUCAUUAUUUAUAUAUAUAUAUAUAUAUAUAUAUAUAUAUAUAUAUAUAUAUAUCCCCAAUGCCAACAUUAAUAGCUAGAUACCUGCAUGGUUUUCAUUGGGGGUAUAUCUACUAAAUAGUGAUUCUAUUUAUUAUUGGUGUCAGUUUGUCGAUAGUCCAGUUCUUUCUCUUAAUUAGCAAGUAAAAUACAUCAUUAGAGUUUUGUAUAAAAUAAUUAAAUUAGGUGCUGGGUGUAAGAUGUAUAAAACUCUGACUCCUGAUGGUUUUAUUAAGCUUUGACUAUUUUAAGCUCCUCAGUUUCAGACUAUAUUUUGGUAUUAAUUAGAUUGUUAGAUCUGCACAGUUGUUAUCUGUUAUUUUUGACCCUUAAGAAAAUGUUAGUUGCUAACGCUUACAAACACUUCAAUAAACUGAUUUGCAUUACUACUCGAUUAUAUAUAGCAAACCUUUGGCUCAGCUCUCACCCAAUCUAUGAUUUUGUGGGGGCUUUUGGCAAUGGAAUCACUGCCAUUCUUCAACACAUAUACCCACAUACCAUUAAUUUUAAAGAGUCUAAGCUGCACUCUUUCCUUCUCUUCUUUUGGCCUCAUGUUCAAGCUAUGAUCUAUGCACACAUGCUGCAUACUUCCAAUCAUGAAGAGUUUUAUGAAAAUGUGAGGCAUAGCACCAGGGGGCUCUUGAUACCACAACCGCUGUAGCCUACUCUAGUGGUUAUGGUGCUUAGAGUAUCUUAUGAGAGAGGCCCACGAUAAUAAGAUGACAUUUUUUGUUCCUUCUCUCUUCAUUAGAUCUGCAACUGUUUCCUAGCAUUAAAGAACCAUAGAGUGCUAGCCUUAUCUAAAUUACAGCACUCUAAAAGAAAAAUAUUUUGGAGAAUUAUCAGUAUAUUAUUUAAUCAGCGUAUAAUAAUGCAGACCUUCUAUAACUGAACAUGUGAUUACACUUUAUCUUAAUUGGUUCACCCUCCCCUGGUUGUAUGUUUUUUAAAAUGACUACAGAAUAUAGUUCUUGCUCACGAUGGUAGGGUUUGUUAAUAUGUGCUAGUUCUCAAUUACCGGCUUGGUCUUUGGUCGGAGAGGUGUCCAUUCUUACCAAACAGGACUCAAAGGUGACCACAUUGAGCAAGGGUGAAAAUAGGUAUUUACUUAUGUGUAUUGGUUGCUUACAUGAAUGCAUUACACAUAAAUUAAUUUGAUAUUUUAUUUUCAAUAAUACAAAAUGAUGACCAUUUUACUGUAAGAUAUGAUCACUUAGUCUACAGUGUAAUAACUUGUGAUGUCUUUUUGGCCUAGGUAUCGCAGUGAGAAGGUGACAAUCAGUUACACAGAAUACAUGGCCUCCCGCCAACCCGCACAGCAGAACGGCACUGUGCAUGCACCGCCUCUUUAUACUCAUUACUCCUGACACAGUGCUGCCCCCGCCGCAGCCCUGUCACCCGCUCGCCGGCAAUGCCUGUGACCUCCUGACAUCCGACUCCUCCUCCACUCCCUCCUCCUGGUCCAGUUACCUGUACUACUGCACCAUCUUAUGAGCUUCACUGGAGAGGGGGGAGCAGUGCCCAGAGACUCGCAGAACACACAGCCUUACCUCACCCCACGCUCUCCAUGGGACUCUAAGUGGGAGGGAGAGCUAAGAUGGGUGUUGUGGCCUCAUCCAACUACACCAUUGUAAGGGGUCAGACACCCUUAAAAAAAAAAAAAAGCUAUUAUCGGUUUUUACAUUCUGAACUCCUAAUUAUUAUUAUUAUAAUAUUCUUUUUAUAUACGUAUAUAUAUAAAUAUAUUUUAUUUUAUCUUUUUUUUUUAAGCGCAAGAACUUGCUCUCUCACAGCGCCUAAUUUUGCCUUGACAGGGGCAAUAAAAGCUUACGCUGUUAUUGCAACAGGAACAUUUAAGCUGCCCAGGUCCUGUGUUGUACAUUCAAGGUAGCUAUCACACACUCUGAGAGCGGUUUCUUUAAAUGAAAGAGUGUCCUAUUGGUUAGGGCAGAUGUUUAGUAUUGGAGUUUGGGCAGAUGUUUCUGUGUGGUAUUGGAGUUAAUUGAAUAAUCUCCCUGUGUUCCUUCCUGUUUCUUUUCUGUUUCAGGGUUACUCAUUUACCUCUGAUAGUGCAAAUUGUGGGACUAAGGUGGCAAAUCAACAACUGGGUUCAUCAUUCACCUUAUGAUCCUGUAGUUUUCCAAAAUGCCCUAACAAUAUGCAUUUUUGGGUGUUGGCAUUAUUAACAAAAUUGACAUGUAAUUUUAUUUUACCCUAAAUGUCUGGGUAUACAGCUUCUAGUCUACCCUGAAACACGGGAUUAUUACAUAUGAGGUACUAGAAGCACAUAAACCACAAGGAAACCAUUAUCCAUUUAAUGAGAUCUUCGUUGUACUCUGAUUGGCACAGUCAUGGCUCAGUGAUUAUUCUCCUUUCCCAUAUAAUCCCACAUGUAUAACAUAAAUCAUAUGUCAUAUUGUAUAAUAUGACCAAGCCUGUUGGCGUACUGGAGAGGCAGCUCAAGGGAAGAGUGUAACCAUGUGUGGCAGAGACAGGAGAGCGGAUGGUUUUUGCACAUGAAAUGUCGGACUUCCCUAAUGUCAGCUCGGUCUUCAUCCUUUUGUUACCCAAGGGGCCAGUAACAGGAACGUUGCUGACCCCACUGGCGGUAGAAGGGUAAGGAUUCCCCAAGCGCAACCCCUUCCUAUAAGGAAUCACAAAGAUUGUUUUUCCUUCCAUGCUGCUGAAAAUAAAUUGAAAUUGAUUGAAUCCAGGAUCAGAGCUGUGUCUUUGAAGUAUUACUUAUGAGAUCAAAUGAUUGCAAUGAAGAGAUCACAUUCCAUGUAGUUCUAAAUCUGCAGUGAAGGCAACAUGUCUUUCCAUUCAUUAAAGCAGCAAUAACACUAAAGUGCAGUGCCCGGGGCUUUCACUAGUAACAAAAUAAAAAAUGUCUU